CCUCCAUCUCUCGCGAGAAGGGACUUGGUUCGAAUGCAGACUGUGUUGAAGAUGGCGGGGUACGCGGUGGUCGAUCGUGAGAAGAUAAAUAUGCUGGGACGCGGUGCUCUACGGGACAUUGGAAUCGCGCAUUGUCCUGGCUGAAUUACUUUCACUUCCAACCCUUUCGACCCCUUCCCAGGCGGCUUCAGCAUGUUCACAGUGCCGGUUGCCCCCUAUGCAGUCCUCUUGGGGACUUGCUGCAUCCUUUAUUUCCUGGUCUAUCCAGUGAUCGUCUACUUUCGAGACCCUAAAGGACUUCGAAAGUUUCCGGCCAUGACACCAUUGUCUGGCAUCUCAUCCAUCCCGUUCAUGUUACUGGCACACACGGGUGCUCGAUCAGCUCGCUUAGUUGAGCUUCAUAGGAAUCACCCCGUUAUUCGAACUGGGCCGACUACGUUGUCAUAUUCGGACCCUCGAGCCAUCAAGGACAUCUACGGGCACAACACAAAGUGCACAAAGGAUGGUUCCUAUGUCAUCACCGCUGGAUCCCACUUCCACCUUGCCGAUGUCAUCGAUAAACCGGAACAUGCAAGGAAGCGCAAGGUUCUCUCGUCGGCAUACGCCUUGAAGAACCUGGAAGGCUGGGAACACAAGGUGGCGGACAAGACAGCCCGGAUGAUCGCACAUUUCGACAAGUGCUGCACUGCCCCGUUGAAGCCCGGAAGACUCCCUGAGGCUCAUGAGUUGAAUGUGGAUUACCGAGAAUGGACCAACUACUUUACGUUGGAUGCCAUUGCCGACAUUGGCUUGUCGGAGACACUGCGAUUCCUCGACAAUGGUCACGACCGCAUCACCGGCCGCAGAACUGACGGUACCAAAUAUGAAUGUAAUUUUCGGGAGUGCCUCUAUCAGAAUGCUCGGAAACAAUCAUUACUGGUAUGGCCGUAUAAGUGGUAUCCGCUGAUCAACAAGCUUUCCAACGCGAUUCCCUUCUAUGGGCGUAUGGGAAAGCUGGCAAGGGACUGGGACGGGAUCCCUCUCGAGCUUGCCCUUCGCCGGCUGGAGCGAUAUCGUCGCGGCGAGAAAUUGGACGACUUCUUCCAGGCUCUUAUGGAGGACAAGAACGGCCACCCUAACAACCUCGAAUGGGGCGAAAUUGUGGCGGAAGUGAGCAUUAUGAUGAACGCAGGUAGUGCCACAACUGCCAUUGCCAUGGCAAAUGUCCUUUAUCAACUGCUCAAGAAUCCCGAAGCUAUGAAAAAGUUGGUGGAGGAGCUUGAUGCUGCACUGGAAGACGAAGACAUGCAGGCCGUGGUGCCCUACGACCGGGUCAAGCAUUUGCCGUAUCUGAGAGCUUGUUUGGACGAGUCGCUGCGACUGUUUCCACCCACUCCUCACGCCCUUCCCCGUGAGACGCCUCCCGAGGGUCUGAGCAUCCUAGAUGACUACAUUGCCGGGGGUGUCUCGGUGGGCAUGUCGGCGCUGGUGGCUCACAGGAACGAAGACCAGUUUCCUCACGCCGACAAGUAUAUCCCCGAACGGUGGCUCGGCGACGAAGGCAAGAAUCUUCAACCCUACUUCCUUGCCUUCUCUGCCGGUGCUCGAGGAUGCAUUGGCCGCAACAUCUCUUACUUGGAACAAACCGUGGUAUUGGCUUCUAUGCUCCGAAAAUACGAGUUUGCGCUCCCUCAUCCCAAUUGGGAGAUUGAGAGGCUGGAGACCAUGAACUGGCUAUUGGGAGAGAUGCCGGUCAAGGUUUGGAGACGAGCGCCGAAGGCUGCUUGAUGGUUUUUUGUUUUGACAGCGAUAUCUACUAUAUUCUAUAGACCAUGUUGAGUUCAUGGGGGGUAAUAGAAAGAC